UCUAUUCCAUAAGUUUACAUUCAUGCUUGCAAUGUUGUGUAAAUUAUAUGUUAUAUCAAUCUGAUUGACUAUAGACAAAACUACAAUUGCUUCCUGUGAUCAACAAUCGUUGGAUUUCACUUUCAAUAAAAUUGAACGAAACGUCUUAAUCACGCCUUCAUACAAUUUUACUGUCCAUGGCAAUCCCCGUUUAACGUCUGAGCAAAAUGGAAAAGCAAUAAUUCUCGAACCCCAGAGAGAUGGUCAGUAUGUGGAACUGCCAAAUUACGGACUAAAAUGUAUCCAAGAUAUGACGAAAUGUGAUCAUGGGUUUACACUGAGUGCUGAGAUCAAACUUAAGGACAUGAAUUCCACCGACAAGCGAUACAUACUCUCCAGCGGAGGGGAUCAAGUUGGAGCAAGUGGCCUGGCUGUCUAUCUCGGGCACGGUGACCUUCAUUGUUCUACAAAGAAAGAUAAUGUUAUCUGGACUGCUAAACAUAAACUGGAUGUUAAAGCUGGAGAAUGGCACGUUUACCAAGUUUCUUGGAACAAAAAAGACAGAUUUAUAGUUUAUUUGGAUGGAAAAGUAUUCAUGUCUCAUUCAGUCAAAUUACCAAACCCCGCUCAACCUCAGGUAUAUCCACUGUAUAUAGCAAAUGCACCAAACAGCAUAUAUUCCUCCACUCAAAUGGAUGUCAGGAAUCUGUACACGUGGUCUGCAUCACGCGACUCCCUCAUUGGACAAGGAUGUACAUAAUAGUACAGCACUGUUCCUCAGACAUCAAGCACAUCCUCCAACACAAUUUCUGAUACAAGUCAAGUGACAACAUCAACAACUCCAUCAACAAGACCAGUGCAAUCAACAACAUCAGUGCAAUCAACAACAAGUGAUAAAAAUACAAACCAAAAGAUAACUCUAAUCUACAGUUUUCUUAAUAUAAAUGGAAAUGUACUUCAAACACCAGCCCAGAAUUUUACAGUUCAUGGAUAUCCUUUGAUUGUGCAAAAUGGCAAUGAACAAGCGCUGGUUCUGAACAAAACAGGGCAAUAUAUUGAGUUUCAGAGCUCUAGUACGAACGCUUGCAUACAGAACAUCUCAAAAUGUUCCACAGGAUUCAAGUUUGACAUAAAAUUAAAAAUCAUUGAAAUAACGACAAAGAAAUUGUACGUACUGUCUAGUUUACAAACUAGGCAUUCUGGUUUCGAAAUGUAUUAUUUCCAUGGAACCUUUUACCUUACGCUUGUAUCUAACAACCAGCAGUGGAAUUUAGCAGUGAAUUUUGAUAUCAAAAUCAAUACCUGGCAUUCAUAUCGUAUUGAAUGGAGUCCAGGCUUCGGACUCGCUUUGUAUGUGGACAAUUGUCAGAUUGGAAAAGCUAUUUCUUCCACUCAGACGAAUGUAAAUCUACAGUCCCAAUCGCUGGUGAUUGGAUCGUCUCCAGUGAUAAACUUUUCCUACUCAGCUCAUAUGUUGAUAACUGGAAUGAAAGAAAUCGUUAAGGCCGAAAAUGAUUCCACUGCGCUUGCUUACCAAAAACUGGAGCUGAAUUACAACUUCAUUAGUAUAGAUGCGAAGCACCUGUAUACGCCAGCGCAUAAUUUCACAGUCCAUGGACUUCCUUUACUUGUAGAAAGCGCGAAUAAAACAGUCCUAAUACUGAAUGAAACAGGACAAUUCAUUGAAUUCUCUCAUCAUGAGAACUCACAGGGCUGCUUAAACAAUAUUCUGCAUUGUAUGGCGGGAUUUUCGUUUUCAUUUGAACUCAAGUUUUUGACAGCGCCAUCUUAUACAGCGAAAACAUAUAUAUUUUCAAGCGCAGGACCGCUUCGUCCUGGAAUAGAAUUGUACCAUUUUAAUCAUACAUUUUAUCUGAGUGUUCUUACAACGAAGAUAUGGACAUUGCAAUUCCCGUUUGCUUUUAACGAACACAAAUGGCAUGAAUAUAAAAUUGUUUGGAGCGAAAUAAAUGGACUUGUUUUACAUAUUGAUGGAAUGCACGUAGAGUCCAAGACUCCAUCAACAAAUGUUUCAGUGACUUUGCAUUCACAAAAUCUUGUAAUUGGUUCUCCACAUAAUAUUGAUGCAAAUUACAACCCAAAUAUAAUGAUCUCUGGAAUGACAGAAAUAGUGUACUAUGUUGAAACAAGCACUGUAAAGCCAACCACAGCAACAAUACCACAGUACCACUUCGAUUUAACUGCUGUAUCGACAAAUGUAACAACACUGACUUCUAAUAAUGUCAAUAUGCAUGUGGUUGGAACACCUUCCAUUGACACGUCCAAAAAUUCAGCUUGUUCUCUGCAAAUAUCUAACUCAAGUCAAUACUUGGACCUCGGGGAACACAGAGAUUUAUGUUUUGGAAACAUUGGGCUUUGUUUGCAAGGACUAACAAUCCAGAUUAUAGUUAAAUUCCAACAACUGGAGGAAGGAACAAUUGUAUUAUCAAGUGGCAAUAUACUUGGGACAGGAAUGGAAAUGAUCUAUCGAUUUGGACGUCUACAUUUUGCUGUGUCUAGUAACACGCAUUCUUGGUUUGCAAGUGUUGGUCGUGAUAAGUUGCCCUUAAACGUAUACUUAAAAAUAAUAUUUUCUUGGUCUCCAAAGAACGGUAUUAAAGUGGUUAUUGACAACUACGUUGUUGCUGCGUCGAUGAUGUCUAUCCCUCACCCCAGUGUGAGCUCCAGUAACGAGCACCUCUACAUAGGUAACACUCCAUCAUCGACCACCACUAACGUCAACCUUUGCAUUAAGUCCUUAAUUAUAUACCACGCCUGGAUUGGGGAUUGUGUGGCUGGUGGAAUCAUACCUCCUCCUGUUGAAAUGACCACUCCAUCUCCCGUGCAGACCACAUCAUCAGUUCAUCAAACAACUGCUUACUGUCCCUCUGGUCAAUAUGUCUGUAAAGACUUAACAACUCCAAUGCAAUCAACAACAAAACGCACCACAGCUCGUGCUACAACCACUGUUAAACCGGCAACUACGGCUGCACCGACAACAACAGUUCAGCCGACAACCACAGCUCAACCGACUACAACAAGAAAACCAACAACGACACCUCGACCGACAACGACACCUCAACCGACAACGACUGCUAAACCGACAACGACUGCCAAACCGACGACAACAAAAACUCCUACAACAACACCUGAACCCACGACAACAACAACAAAACCAAGACCAACUGUCCCUUCCUACACCAAUCAGCCUAAUCUGAAGCCGUCCGUUGAUGGAAGAUGCACAGCUUACUUGACGUGCUCAUUCCAGGCUGCGGUUGAGAAUAACGUCGAGUUCAUUGUUUGCUUAAAUAUUGGAAAUAGAAAAUGUGUACUGAGGCACAUUGUUCCUGGAAGAACUACUGAGUACAAAUUUUCUGCGGCUGAAAUUAAUGAAAACUUGUACAAGCAGAGAGUAACGUGUUCCAUACAGGCCAAAUUCAAGGAUCAAGUAGCUCUGACUCCAGUCUAUAUUAGUAAUGUCUUCGAGCCUAAUAUUCAGAUUACUUCAGGCAACCAUUUACAAAUAACGGAAGGAACACUAUUCCCGAUUCCCCACAUCCUCGUCCAAGUAACAGCACCACCGCAGUUCUUCUGCUGCAAGGGCUGUAGAGGGCGCUGUGAGUUCAAAGUUACCGCAAAAUUAGAAUUCCGUUACAUCAUCAGGUCCUGUCCUGGUGGUAGAUCAGUCGUCCCUCAAGCUCUGAUUGGCUGGGCCGGGGAAAAGCAAUCGAGCAAGCCUGAAACUUGCGGCGUCGUAGUCAACUGCCAUAACUGGGAGAAUCCAAUCAGCUUACCAGUAUACGCUACAGUGGAUGGUGUUUAUGAUCGGGACAAGACUGUGAACUAUAAUGUUCAAGCGAAUAUAUUAAAUGUACAGUCAGGGUCCGUGACAACCACACCACAUACACUUAACAUUGGAAAAGUAUCCGUCACAGCUAAGGAUAAUGACCACAAAUCCGUUUGUAGUUCUGUAAAUGACCCUCACAUAACUACAUUUGAUGGCAGGAAAUAUAAUAAUUUCCUCACUGGCGAAUUCGUUUUGUAUCAGCACAAGUCACUUCCAUUUGAGGUGCAUGCUAGUUACGCGAAGUGCAGUUCUUCAUCACGAGCUACAUGUAAUUGUGCAGUCGCCAUCAAAUCGGGUGAUGACGUCAUUACUUUCACUGGUUGUAACGGAGGUAGCACACAUGGCGGUCAUAGCAUCUUUGAUCUUCUCUUCCAUCGCCAUCACGAUCACCAUCAUCAUGGUUCAAGUCACUCGGCCCCAGUAAGUGUAAAACUGUACAAGAACGGCCAGCUGACCCCAGGGACUUACAUCAGAAGAUAUGGAUGUGGUCAAAAGUAUGAGGUUCUGCUCCCGACCGGUACCAUCAUUACCAUACAGACAAGUGCCAGAAACUUUAUCAACAUCUGGAUUAAGCCAUCAAGUGUAGAUCGCAACAAAGUCACAGGUCUGUGUGGCAAUUUCGAUGGUAACUCUGGUAACGACGUACCUGGAAGAGAUAGAUAUCCUAACACAUUCUGUAACAGUCACAGACCUGCAGAGGGAAUAUUCACCGGUGUUAGACCGGGCACUUUACCUGGAAUAACAACAUGGUGUAGCUGUGUAGAUAAUAGAACCCCCUACUGCUCCCCAGGAUAUGGUAUCUUUAUUUGCGAGAGAAACAGAUAUGACAUCACAUCUACAAUUGUGAAUCAGGCCUUGGUAGCUCGCCCCUCUUCACAUCGUGGACGGCGACAAGCAGGAAAUGAACAAGUCAUGCCAGAUUUUGAGGAGGACGACACAUACAGCUGGGACAGCGCAAGGAAUUAUUGUGAAGAAUAUAUUUCAAACAGUACAGCUUCAAAAAGUUGCAUGUCUGUUUUGAACUCGUCAAACUACACUAGCCAAGUAGAAAGUUGUGCUGAAGAUUUAAAGCUUACAGGAGACCCUGAGUGGGCUAAAGACCAUAUAAGUGACAUUGUAACCAACUGUUUAGCCGAGGUGAACAAACAGCAGCCGGCGGAGAACGAAACAACUGAACCAGCAUUAAACACAACACAUAUAACAAAUAAUCUCUGUCAGCUAGACUGUGGAAAGAAUGGUCACUGCUCAGAGGGAGUUUGUGUGUGUGAUGAGGGAUAUUCGGGUAUCCAGUGUGAUAUCUACAAAUCCACCAAACCUUUCGUUAUGGAGACUCUGUUUAACGGCACCAGUUGUGAUACGUGUGGUUGUAAUACACAGGAUGUAGAAGAUUGUAGUACAGCCAUUAUAUAUGGAGCUAAUUUCGUGGACUCGUCGACUCUGACGUGUCAUUACAAAUACGUCAAGAUAGAAAAUGAUGUCGUAACAACUACAGCAAUGAGAACCGUUUCUGGUGACUUUAUAAAUAUGAAUCAGAUCUCGUGCAAUCUCCCAGAACCUCGUGGAGGUGCUCUCAUUCAGGUCAGCAACGAUGGUCAAACCAUGAGUGAGAACCAAUACCUACAUUUAGUGUAUGAUUCCAGAUGCUUUGAUUGUUCCAUCGCAGACAAUAUCAUGAAGUCCAGUUGUAAACUGAGAGAAAAUACAUGCCUUAUUAAUGGCAAAUGUCAUGCCUUGUUGGAGAAGAAGGAAACCGAUCACUGUAAACUCUGUGAUCCGUCUGUUAGCACUUCAUCGUGGACAAACAGUGACACUGAGAAAUGCAGACAGGAGUUUGCGGCUAUUCAGGUGUCUAAAUCAAAGUCUGGUGACGGAUACAGUAGUGAGUUGGUCACCAUUCUGGCAGCGACCUGUGGUGUCAUCGGAUUCCUCUUACUUGUGACACUCUUCUACAUAUGUAAACAAAAAGAAAGGCUGCAAAAGCGUAAAGAAGGAGGUCUUUACAAUGUUUACAAAGAACCUACUCAUGAUAUUCCACAAACCUCAGUGAUGAAGGAGAGAGAGAUCGAAGUUCACAACCCAGCUUAUGCAGAGGAAAAAAGCAAACUGUAAUUGAUGGAAGGCACAAAAUCUCAUGUUGAACACAAAUAUAUCACUUUUUAUUGUUAACCAGUCCUGCAGGCAGGGAACAGUGAUGUUUUGUAUAUUUCAGUUAUUUAAGAAGGACAUUAUCUACCCAUGUUGUAUUUUGAAUUGAAAAGAAUAAUCAUACAUGUUUUAGAAGCAUUACUGAAGCAUUUCAAUUUAAACUUCUUGCUUAACUGUUUAUGUUUUGU